GUCUUGCCGGGGCAGGGAACCCCUUGCCUUCUCCAGGAGCUUGGUGUGGAGUUUGUGGGGAGACGUCUGAAUCAGAUAAACUCAGGAGGUGCAAGGGCUUUCUGAUCUGCCCACUGUUGGGGGCUGCAGAGCUUCCUCCCCUAGGGGGUCCCUGGUGCCCACAAUGUUCCAGGCUCCUCUGGUGGCUGGCUCCUGGGACUUCAGGAGAUGUGGGGCCUCGCCCCCUCAGGAGGAGCUCCUGGGCUGCCCCUUCACCUCUGGGGGCUUCCUCGGGUCCUCAGCAGGCCACACCUCCUUUGAUGUUCCCAUGGAAGCUGAUGCAUGCACUUCCGCCUUUCCCCUCUUCCGGUGCUCAAAUCCACAAGGCUAGGUCUGAGGGCUGCAGACCGGCUCAGCUGUCAAGGAUCAGGGCAGACCCCCUGACUAGCCUGCCCUCUGAUGGAAAAUCAAGUCCUCUUCCCAGCAGCAGGUAGGGGGUGUAGGAUGGAAUUUCUCAGGGCUGUGCUAUAGCUUCUGGGACACCCUGGGAAUCUGGGUGGCUGCUUCUAUGUGGAGGGAAAGUAGGGAUGGAGCACAAAGGCACCGAAAUUCGGAACUCCUGGCAUUGGGAUAGUCUGAAUCAGAUCUAAGCCUGUCUCCCUAUGGGAGGAAGCCACCUUGGGGAGCUGAUGCUGAGCCUGGUCCUGGUGCACCUGGAGGCAGGCAAACCCCCUGUGGCUGAAGACCCUUCUGUGGCAUGCUGGACAGACCCUCUCUUGGCCCUGGUCAGACUUGUCAUGGGAGGCUCUCUCCACAGCCCCUCCCUGUACUGCUUGAAGGGGUUGCACCUUACUGUCAAGAGGUCAGUGUUACAAUUUCAACAUCUUUGUGUUGAAAAGCAGUGUUGUUCCAGGCCAGGCAGUGUUCCUCGCCCUGAUUUCCUCCUUGCCCUGGGCAGAGGACUCGACCUUUCUGGCCUCCCAGCUGCACCACCACCUAUGGCACAGCUGCGGGCUGACCAUGUGUGUGGGUCAUCAGGAAAGCUUGCCUUGUCCUCUGUGUCAACAGAGCUUUCCUCUGUCUACCUUCUCUUAGCCAGAAUGGCCUGCUACUGGUGACUGCCACCCUUCUAUUCUAGGACCCUGGCCUUUGGGAGGGUGGGGAUGCUACAAAUACAUAUUGGGUGAAGCUCUCCAGUGCUGUGAACCACACAAUGUACAAUGACUGCCAGUGGGCUUGGGGGUUGGGGGAUGGGCUACAAGGUGAGAGAUUGAGAAUUUGGUCUGGGGGACCCAAAUGUGAUUCUCUCCACAUCCCUUCCCUCCCCCAGCUCACAGUGAGUCAGGUUUCCGAGUUGUCCGGUCUGGCCACUUUCAUUUCCCUUGGGGCUGGGUGGAGGCUAGUGCAGAAAAGGGAACCGAGCCACCCAUCUUCUGAAGCCUGGGGGCAGGGCUGGACGCUCUCCUGCCUUCCCUGUCCCGGCCCAGCGCUGGGCACUGCUCUGAGGAGAGGCCUGCAGCUGAGACCCCUUAGCGACGUCGAGGUGGCACUUAGCUGCCACAACCCAACAAGACGCCUUUGCCAUGAACCAGCCUGCCCCCGCUGCCCUUCCUCCGCCCCGCCGUGUACGGCUGAAGCCCUGGCUGGUGGCCCAGGUGAACAGCUGCCAGUACCCGGGGCUUCAGUGGGUCAAUGGGGAAAAGAAAUGCUUCUAUAUCCCCUGGCGCCAUGCCACGCGCCACGGCCCCAGCCAGGAUGGAGAUAACACCAUCUUCAAGGCCUGGGCCAAGGAGACAGGAAAGUACACCGAGGGGGUGGACGAGGCCGAUCCGGCCAAGUGGAAGGCCAACCUGCGCUGUGCCCUUAACAAGAGCCGUGACUUUCGCCUCAUCUAUGAUGGGCCCCGGGACAUGCCGCCUCAGCCCUACAAGAUCUAUGAGGUCUGCUCCAAUGGCCCCACUCCUGCAGAGUCACAGCCCAGUGAGGAUUACACUCUCGGUACAGGAGAGGAGGAGGAGGAGGAAGAGGAAGAGCUCCAGAGGAUGUUACCAAGCCUGAGCCUCACAGAAGCAGUGCAGCCCGGUCCCCCCAUGGCACCCUAUUCUUUAUCCAAAGAGGAUGUCAAGUGGCCACCCACUCUCCAGCCGCCUGUGGUGCUGGGUCCCCCUGCCCCUGGCAACCCUGCUGACUAUGGGGAGCUGCUUUCUGAGGUCCUGCCAAACCCACAGCCUGGGACCCUGGCUGCCAGCCUGCCCCCCACAGGCGAACAACUCCUGCCCGACCUGCUGAUCAGCCCUCACAUGCUGCCUCUGACCGACCUGGAGAUCAAGUUCCAGUACCGGGGGAGGCCACCCCGGGCCCUCACCAUCAGCAACCCCCAUGGCUGCCGGCUCUUCUACAGCCAGCUGGAGGCCACCCAGGAGCAGGUGGAGCUCUUUGGCCCUGUGAGUCUAGAACAAGUGCGCUUCCCCAGCCCCGAGGACAUCCCCAGCGACAAGCAGCGCUUUUAUACCAACCAGCUGCUGGAUGUCCUGGACCGCGGGCUCAUCCUCCAGCUACAAGGCCAGGAUCUGUAUGCCAUCCGCCUGUGCCAGUGCAAGGUGUUCUGGAGCGGGCCCUGCGCCUCAGCCCAUGGCUCACACCCCAACCCCAUCCAGCGGGAGGUCAAGACCAAGCUCUUCAGCCUGGAGCAUUUUCUCAAUGAGCUCAUCCUGUUCCAGAAGGGCCAGACCAACACCCCACCACCGUUUGAGAUCUUCUUCUGCUUUGGGGAGGAGUGGCCUGAUCGCAAACCCCGAGAGAAGAAGCUCAUCACUGUACAGGUGGUGCCUGUAGCAGCUCGGCUGCUGCUGGAGAUGUUCUCAGGGGAGCUUUCUUGGUCGGCUGAUAGCAUCCGGCUACAGAUCUCAAACCCAGACCUCAAAGACCGCAUGGUAGAACAGUUCAAGGAGCUCCAUCACAUCUGGCAGUCCCAGCAGCAGCUGCAGCCUGUGGCCCAAGCCCCUCCUGUGGCAGGCCUCAGUGCUGGCCAGGGGCCCUGGCCCAUGCACCCAGUCGGCAUGCAGUAAUGCGGCUGCAGACAGUGAGUGGCCCAGGCUUCCAGGGUGGCUGUGCAGACUGAUGUGGAGGUGCGAUGGCCUCAGUGGGCACCUGGUGGGCGGCAGGGUCCUGUCUCUGGGUUCUCUGGAAGUGGAUCUGGGUCACGAAGAAGAGGGAAAAGAGGCCCGAGUUCCAGGUUCUCCUUAGAAGCUGACGGAAACUGGAAGCCAAUUUUGCUUUGAGGACUCUGUCUUCCUGGAUAUGCCUCUCCUGGGCUGGGUGGGGGAACUGGGGGAACUGAGCCAUCGGCACCAGUGAGGAGGGAAAGAACUCCUCCUGGCUCCAGGGGGCCUAGUUGUACAGAGGGAGUUGCCCCAGAGUGACCCAUACUUGUGGUUGCCCCCAUUUCUUCUGGCAAAAAGAGCCAAGUGCUGUGGCUCAGGUCUCCCUGGCAGGUCCUCUGCAGGGCAUGGACCGGAUAUUGGGGUUCCCUAGCUUGAGCCCCACUUCCUCAUCUUUCUUCCUCCAGAGACAGAGAUGAGCACUUACGUAUUACACCAGAUACUUAAGGCUGGCAGCUACCUCCCUUCAGAGUCUAAGAUCCUGGGGUAGAAAGUGGAAUUUUACGUAUUUUUGGAUUAAUAAAUAUUAAAAAAGAGA